GGCAUCAACUGACACGUGGGCCCAACGUGUCAGUCAUACACUCCUCUUCUCAUUAAGCCCACUAGCCGAGUUGCGACCGCCGCCGCCGCGAUGGUCGCCGCCGUCGUGCGCCAUUGCCGGAGCCACCGCUGCUCUGCGCCCCCAACCUCCAACAGCCACCACCGCCGCCGCUGGCUCCCGUCCGAUCUAGCGCAUGCCCCCGCACUCUUCGCCGGACCUAGCGAAGGGGGAGAAGUCAAGACUGGAUCCAUCCCCAAUCGUGGCUACGGCUGCUGACGACAUCCACGCCGCCGCUGCGUGCCUCGAUCCGAUCCGCGACAACCAGGUGCUCUCUCUCCGUAUGCAUCGGUUGAAUUAAAUCCGGACCCUGGAUGGAUUCCCUCGAUUUCUCCUCGUGGUUUCCUUUUUCUUUUAUUGUUUUUUUUUGUUGUAGCAUUCUUCUCGUGGUUUUCGAUCAUGCAUAGGAAGAAUGUUGGUUUUAAAAAAAAUUAUGUGUUCACUGAUUGCAAUGCUUCAACAUCCCUUGACCCAAAAGUGAAAUGAUGCUGCAGAUGUCGCAUGAGGGCAAGUACUAUAAUGCUAGAUGAAUUGCCCCUAAACUAAACAUGUCACAUAAGAUUAGAUGUGGCAACCACCCCUACUAUAAAACUUGACUUGAGAGACUAAUUGAUUAGCACUGAACUCAGCUGGGAGAGCGACCAUGUGAACAAGUAAUCUGGGGGUAUGUACUACUAAUUCAAUAGAAAAGUGACGUGGUGACUUUUCCAUGUGAAUUGCAGAGAUUGAUUUUAUGAUAUUUUUGGUGUAGUUUCUUUUUCAACGUUGGUUUUAAGUCGCUAAAGACACUUAAGUAUAAAUUAUUAUUUUUUGUCGCUAAUAGGCUGUUAUGGCUUGUAAUAAUCAGAUCUUGGCCAACCAAUGGGGUUCUGCUUAAAUAAACGCUUGUCUGUGUCUCAUUUGCUUGGUCCCCACAAGAUGGAUGGGGACAACUGAAAAUCGAUGUGAAGCUUCCUGCCCCCCUUUUUCUCUUUUGUGCCUUUGGGUGUGGUUCGCGAAAUGAAAAUUUUUGGUUAUCACAUCAGACGUUUAACCGGAUGUCGGAAGGAGUUUCCGGACGCGAAUGAAAAAACUAAUUUCAUAACUCGUCUGGAAACCGCGAGACGAAUUAAUUAAGCCUAAUUAAUCUGUCAUUAGCACAUGUGGGUUACUGUAGCACUUAUGGCUAAUCAUGGACUAAUUAGGCUCAAAAGAUUCGUCUCGCGAUUUCCAUGCAAACUGUGGAAUUAGUUGAUCUUUUCGUCCAUAUUUAAUGCUCCAUGCAUGUGUCCAAAUAUUCGAUGUGAUAUUUUUGGGAAAAAAAAUUUGGGAACUAAACAAGGCCUUUGUUUCGUAUUAUGUUGCAUUAUGAUAACCUUGUUUAGUGCAACAGCUUUUGGCUAUUUGGCAAAUGACUUUUGUUCUAAUCUAUGUUGCAAAUGAUGAUAUUAUUAUGUAUGAAAAUAUGAAACAGUUAGAAGAGACAUGAUAGUUGGAUAAUAACAUAUUAUAUCUAAGCGUUUUUAUCUGUAAAACAGAUUACAUCAAUUAUAACUCCUUUUUAUACAACAAUUAAAAGAAUAAGCACAACACGGCAGAAGAAAACAACCACAAACUGAGUAUAAAACUUUAUUCAAUCCAUUUCAAAGAGGAAAGUGGUUUAAGCAUCACCUGUGUUUGUUUUCUCUCUCUCUACAUUAUCUCCACUCAUAGCUACUUCUGCAGCUUCAACAGCCCUAGCAACCAGCAGUUCUCCACGCUGCCAUGGCUACUUCGGCUGCAGUGGUGUUUGCAGGGAAAUCCGUGGCAGCUCCUGUCAUCGGGGAGAUUAUCACCAGGGCCUUAAACUACCUUGAUGGCUAAAUCAGCGCUAAAAGCAUGGAAGAGAUGAAGAACAAGCUUGGGGAAGGGAUGCUGCACAUCCAAGCGGUGCUUGAUGUUGUCAACCCAGAUCACUUCAAGGACCACAGCGUAAUGUUGGAUCGGUGGUUCUGGAAGCUUAGGGAUGCAAUCGAGGAAGCAGAGGACGCCAUUUAUCUUCACAAGAAUAUAAAGAGUAAACAAAGCCCUCAAAAAAAUAUAUAUAAAGAGUAAAGAAAAAUUGGACUAUUGAUCGAAGUGAGAAUUUUAACAGUGAGGUUGCUCCCUUUGUAGUUGUGAGGAUGAAAAAGGUGAUAUCUGACGACUGGUGAUUUUGAUUUAGGGUUGGGUUCAUUGUGUUAUUUCAAUUGUAGAACCCAAAUUAGUCAGGGUGUAAUCAAUAGUUUGGUUUCGUAGCUCUCUCUCUUAAAAAAAUCUUGUCAGGUAAUACUACUGUGCUAAAAAUCUUGUUAGAAAUUAAUGUACUAGCAUAUACUGUCGAUCUUGGGAACAAGCCAUGGUAAGUGCAAUUGUGAAUUUCGGAAUUGGAAUUUUUAGGAGUUAAAUUUGGGUUCCCAGGAAGGAUAUCAAACUGAGAUCUUUAGCACUGACACUAGAAAACCAAAUAUUCAUGAAUUGGUUUUCAUUAAAAUAUUUUUUUAAUGCCUCGUGAAAAUUGGGGCAUUACAGAAGAAGAGGCACAAAAGGAGUUGCUGGCAUGUUUGUGCGCCCAUGCGAGCUCGAGUUGGCAAUUUCAGGUAUGAUGUAUAGAAGUGAUUGAGAUUCCAGUUAUAAUGCGUAAAGCUUUUGCAUCUACUGAUUGAGUUCGGCGAGUGUAGUUGCACUGACCUAACCUUGACGUUGAGCAGUUUGGUCCAUACAUAUGGUAUCUUUAUUACUGGAAGUUGUAUUGCAAUUUCAUGAUGUAGAUAAGGAGAAGCCUGGCAGGUUAGAAGACCAAAUUGAAGUUGAAGUUGUAUUCCAAUUUCAUGAUGUGAGUGCAAUUAGGAAUUUUGGAUGUAAUCUUUAGGACUCCAAGGAAGGAGACCAAUCUUUAGCAUUGCACUAGAAAAGAAGAUAUUCACUAGUAGGUUUUUAUUAAAAAAAAUUAAUGCAUCGUGAAAACUGGGGCAUUACAGUUUACAGAUGAGGAGGCCAAGAGGAGUAGCAAGCACUGUGCUGGCAUGUUUGUGCGCCUGUGCGAGCUGGAGCUUCUGAUUCCAGUUUCAUGAUAAAGAUGGUCAAGCCUGGCGGGCCAGAAGAACAAUCACUGAUUACGAUGCUUCAACAACCCAUGACCCAAAAUAUCUAGCCCGUCAAUGAUGAAUAGGCAUUACAGGGAUACAACAACCACAAAUUGAGUAUGAGACUUUACGCAAUCCAUUUGAAAAAGGAAAACAAUUCAUCCACAUAGCUGCUUCUCCAGCUUCAACAGAAGCUUUCUCUAGCAACCAGCAAUUCUCCACGCCGCCAUGGCUACUUCUGCUGCAGUGGUGUUUGCUGGGAAAUCGGUGGCAGCUCCUGUCAUCAAGGAGAUUAUCACCAGGGCCUUAAACUACCUUGAUGGCUACCUCAGCGCUAAAAGCAUGGAGGAGAUGAAGAACAAGCUAGAGGAAGGGAUGCUGCAGAUCCAAGCAGUUCUUGAUGUUGUCGAUCCAGAUCGAUUCAAGGAACACAGCGUAGCGCUGGAUCAGUGGUUCUGGAAGCUCAGGGAUGCAGUCGAGGAAGCCGAGGACGCCAUCGAUGAGCUCGAGUACUAUGAGCUUGAGGAGGAAGCCAAGGAUUACAAGGUUAGUGACUGGGGUUCACCUCUUGCUAAGUGGAAGCAUAAAGUUGUUAAAUCCAUUAAGGAUGUCCGUGUUUUGGAUAAGUCUGUGAAUCAAUUUACUCAUCGUGGUACACUCAAGAGGCUAAAGAAAGCUAUGGAUGGUUUAGACAAGGCUGCUGCAGGUACCACAAAAUUUCUUGAAGUUGUGAGAUGCAUCAAUGGAGCCACCUCUAGCAGUCAAAAGCUGGGACAUUUGGCUAGCAGCAAUGAUCGUCAGACAGGUUCCAUGUUAACGGUAGAUAAGUUUGUUGGCCGAGAAUCAGAGAAGAAAAGGAUUCUUGAGUGGUUGACCAAGGACACAUCAGUUAAAGAGUCUGAAAUUGUGCCUAGUGCUAAUCAUGUUCCUAUCUUCUCAGUAAUUGGUCAUGGUGGUAUGGGGAAGACUACUUUGGCUCAGAGCAUAUGCCAACAAGAUGAGGUUGUAAAGCAUUUCAAGGUCAUUUGGAUUACUGUAUCAACUAGUUUUGAUGCAACCUCAGUGACAAGGAAAAUUUUGGAAUCUGCUACAAAGGGAGAACCUAGCAAUAAACAUUUGGAAGCACUACAGCAAGAACUUAAAGAGAAACUAAACUCUGUUAAGUUCCUUCUUGUCAUGGAUGACGUUUGGGAAGAAGGGAAAAGAGAUGAAUGGGAAAAGUUGUUUGCUCCUCUGCGGUCCGGAAAGAAUGGGAGCAGAAUUCUGUUGACAACCCGUAUGGCAUCCGUGGCAGACAUGGCUGCAAAAGCAAUGGGAGUUGCAAGAGAUUGCUUGAUAUUAGGAGAACUGGAAGAAGACGAAAAUAUUGAACUCUUCAAUCAUCAUGUAUUUUCUAGUUUGAAUUUGCAGGACUAUAGCCACUUCAAAAAGACUGGAGAACAAAUUGCAAGGAAACUGGGAGGAUGUCCCUUGGUAAUUAAGGUCACCUGUGGACAUUUGCAAGGUAACAUGAGCGUUGCAUACUGGGAAAAUUUCUUGCACAUACACUUGGAACAUUUUAAAGGGUCUGACAUUGACAUUAUGAAGGUUCUCAAAUUAAGCUACCAACAUCUUCCAACUGAGUUACAGAUUUGCUUUAGGUUUUGUAGCUUAUUUCCUGAGGACCACAAAUUUCGCAAGGAAGAUCUUGUGCAUAUGUGGAUGUGUUCAGGAUUGAUCCCGCAGGCCACAAAUGAGACACUAAAUUUCGAGGAUAUUGGAGAACGAAUAUUGGCUGACCUAACUAGAAAGUCAUUCUUUGAUCUAAAGUCCAGAGUAUAUAGAUAUGGUCUAGACCAAGAAGAAUACUAUGAUCUAAAGUCCAGAGUAUAUAGAUAUGGUCUAGACCAAGAAGAAUACUAUGUCAUGCAUGACUUAAUGCAUGAAUUAGCAAGAAAUGUAUCCUAUGGUGAAUGCGCAAGAAUAACUAGUCCUGUCAAGUUUAAAGAUAUACGGGACACAGUCAGACACAUAUCCAUUUUAUGCAUUCCUCAAUUUUCUAUCGAUGUGGUCAAGAAAAUAUCCCAAUUUAAGAAUCUUCGCAGUAUCAUCAUUGUUACUGAAUCUAAGCUUGAUAAGGAUACAAAGAAUACACUUCAAAAAAUCAUUGAAAGCACAAAAUCAUUACGGCUAUUUCAUUCAAGGUUGAGAAUAAGAUUUGAUUUUUCCAGCAAGUUUGGAAAGUUGAAACACCUUCGCUACAUCGACAUAUUUGGCAUCUCAUCAAAAGGGAUUUAUCAUAUUGCCAAACUUUAUCACUUGUUGGUACUACUUUCGAUUUCUAGCCCGACGACGGUAUUUCCUUGUCGUAGGAGCUUGCUGUGUGUAGCAAAACAAGAGAGAUUUAUGUUGAACCUUUAUCGUUUGCGGCAUGUAGCCUAUGGGCAGGAUACGUACAAAUUGUUUGGUAUGCUGCCUAUAAGCAGACUUGAAUCAAUUCGGAGAUUGAGUAUAUACCAUGUGAAAGAAAGUGGGGGCAACAAAGUGAGCUCAAUCAAGAACUUACAUUGUCUUCGUGAGCUAAAUAUUCAAGGUGUUGAGAAUAUUGAGAACCACGAAGAGGCCAUCAAUGCUAAACUGAAUGAAAAACAGCAUCUCCAUUCUCUGUCUCUUGAGUGGUCACCACAUACUGGUGAACAUGACACUGUAGACGAGUUGGUUCUUCAACACCUUGAGCCACACACUAAUAUCAGGAAUCUAAGAAUUUGUGGCUAUGAAGGGUGCGUCGUUCCAUUUUGGAUUGAGAACCUUUCUGUCAGAAAACUGGUAUCAAUCAAAUUAGAAAGUUGUAUAAACUGGGAACAACUACCGUCACUUGGAGAGCUAACACUGCUCAGAUAUCUUUUGUUGAGAAAUCUUCCAAAGCUACAGCAGAUUGGCCGGCAUUCUCAUAUGUCUAGUAGUAGUUCCAUGGAGCUGUUGCUACCUCCAAAUCUUCUUAGUCUGGAAAUAGAACAAUGCCCAGAGCUGCAGGAAUUACCUCUUCUACCUCCUAGUCUGGUAUCAUUUCAAAUAAUAGAAGUUAAUUGGACUAAACUUCCAAGGAUGGGCAAGCUAUGCAGCAAGAGCAAUGAAACAAUUUUAGCCCAAUUGCAGGAGGUUGUUAUCAAUGAUUGUCCAUGCUUAAGUUCCCUGGAAGACAGCUUUCUUGAGCAGAAGCAGCACAUGGUAGCUCUAAGAAACCUGCACAUCAACAACUGUAUACAUCUGGAGUCUGCAUCGAUACCAUUUGAUGCAAUGAUCAUGCUCAGAUAUCUAUAUAUCAGACGCUGUCCGAAAUUGAGGGCACUGAGAGGUACUGGAGAAAAGUUCCUGCCAUCAUCGCUUCUAUAUCUGCAAAUAAAACAAUGCCCCAAACUGCAGGAAUUACCUCUUCUACCUCCUAGUCUGAUGUCAUUUAAAAUAAAAAAUGUUAAUUGGACUAAACUUCCAAGGAUGGGCAAGCUAUGCAGCGAGAGCAAUGAAACAAUUUUAGCCCAAUUGCAGGAGGUUGCUAUCAGCAGUUGCCCAUGCUUAUGUUCCCUGGAUGACAGCUUUCUUGAGCAGAAGCAGCACAUGGUAGCUCUAAGAAACCUGCACAUCGACAACUGUAUACAUCUGGAGUCUGCAUCAAUAUCAUUUGAAGCAAUGAAUAUGCUCAAAUCUCUAAGAAUAGGAGGCUGUCCCGAAUUGAGGGCACCGAGAGGUGCUGGGGAAAUGUUCCUGCCACCAUCACUUAAAGAUCUAUAUAUCAGAUCAUGUGGUGACUAUGAGCGUAUAGUGGUUGUGUCACUGCAAGAGCAACAACUCAUCAAUCUCUCCGUAUUGAAUCUGAAUAACUGCUCGAACCUGGUAUCCCUCCCCCCCUCAGAAGUUUUCAGUAGGAAUUUCACCUCGCUGCAGAUCAUCAUCAUACAGAAAUGUGGGAAUCUGUCAUCCUUGGGUGGGCUUGAAUCCCUUCCAUCCCUCUCUGAAUUAACAAUCAGACGUUGUGCUAAACUCACAAAAUUUGGUUCAUCCGUAAAUCCAUAUGUAUCUGGUGGUGAAGAAGAGCAUCUGGUGGAUUCAAGAAGUUCCCUGCGUAUCAGCUCUCUUACAAUUGAUCUUCCAUCCCUGCUGCUUGUUGAGCCUCUCAAGAGUCUCUGCCACACUGAACACUUAGAAAUUGAAGAUGCGUCACAGAUGAAGAGCUUACCUGAUCGUUGGCUGCUGCAGAACAGUGCAUCUCUCAAAUCCCUACACAUACGCAAAGUCAAGUCCUUAGAAUCUCUCCAACCCAGCAUGCGAGACCUAACCUCCCUCCAGAAAUUGACGCUAUCUGGUGUUGGCCAACUCCUCGGUUCACUUCCAGAUUUUCCCACCUCUCUGUUGGAGCUGGAUAUUUCGGAAUGUGGUUCAGAGUUGAAGAAGAAAUUUAGAAAACAUGGAAGCCCUGAAAGAAGCAAGAUUGCCCACAUCCUCAGAGUGAGAAUAGACACAGACUACAACUACAUAAAUAUAACAGGAAGCUCGCUCUUCAUCAUGGGAAAGGAAUGCUAUGGAGAGUGAAGAGACUAAGAGGAGAUUAUUGUAUGCGGACCAUGAAGAAAUAUUUUCCUGGUUGGACGAAUCAAAACAUGUCCAGGGAAUUGGGUCAGUAUCACGCUGGUUCAGUGAACAAAUGGUCUCUACGAAACACCAGUUAUUAGACGGUUGUUGCUCCAGUAAAUAUUGAGCCAAAUCCUUCAUGCGUUGCCAGGAAAGUAUAGCAGACCAUAUUCUUCCAUCUGGGCUUACUGAUGACGGUUUUCUAUGGACGAUUGUUCCAUCUUUUUAUGCAUUUACAACAAGAAACAUUCAGUUUGACGCGUGCAAGUGCAUGCAUGCAGCAAUACCAGCAGGAGAACCAAAGUUUUUGAUUCUUAAUUGGAGAUCUCAUGGACAAUGUAGAUUUGAAUGUGCAGUUUUGGUUUGUAUGUCACUGAUGAAUUUCAAUUCUAGUGCUUGAGGCUGGCUGUAGAAUUUAUUGUCUUCCUGGGAUCAUACUACUAGAGUAUAGCUUGUAUGCCUUCCAAGUCCUCGUGUAUAGUGCUGGAUUGUGUCUCUGUUUUAGUAUAUACUCCUCCGUUUCAAAAUGUUUGACACCAUUGACUUUUUAGCACA